CACGUUUUAUUUGCACUUUCAAACUACUGUACGUCAAUGAAAUGGAUGUAAAGAACUAACAAAUAAAAUGGAUAUAUUCUCUCUUCUGUUACGAAUUCAACAUCAUUGCUACACGUGGUUGCUCCUGAUACUUUUGAUAACUGAAUCAGCCAGUCUGAAAAUGAAAAAGAAAAGCUCAAAGAAAUUCCGCAAGUAUGUGGCAGGGUAUGGCGGCAGAGGCAUAUCUAAUGAACACAUACUCAAACAAAAUAUUCUAAACUUUUAUGACAUCACAACACGUCCAGUGAAGUCAGAUGGGACCCCAGUUCAAGUUUCAGUAGCAAUCUCUCUUUAUCACAUUCUAGACACAGAUGAAAAGCACCAGACAUUUGAGUGCUUAUUGUCUAUAAGGCAGAGAUGGAAUGAUGAGUACCUUAGUUGGAAUGAGUCUGAUUAUGGAGGCCUCAAAUCUAUUCGUUUACCUGCCAACCAAAUAUGGACUCCCGAUCUCGUCAUUAGUAACUAUGCAGAUGAGAACUUCAAUGACAGAAUGGUGACAAAUGUGAUAAUCAACAAUGAUGGGAAUGUCCUCUGGAUGAUUCCUGCCCUCGUGAAGACAUACUGCGCCCUCAAUGUCCAGUACUUUCCUUUUGAUACCCAAAAAUGCCAACUAAGCUUCAUCUCUUGGACUUAUAGUGGGUUUGAACUUAAUAUUAUCUACAAUGAGAGCUUCGCUAAUAGUAUCUACUACAACCCAGAAAACCAGGAAUGGUGGGUGGAGAAUAUCACAUCAGUGCGGCACGUCCAGAAGUAUGCCUGCUGUGAUGAACCAUACCCCGAUGUUACGUUCACAAUUAACAUGCGUCGUAGGAGUCAGUUCUAUGUGUUCAACAUGAUCUAUCCCUGUGUGUUGAUCUACCUGAUCUCAUACUUGGGGUUCUUCUUGCCUGUGGAAUCUGGGGAGAAGGUGAAUCUGGAGAUUACAAUCCUCCUGGCCCUGGUGGUGUUCCUACUCAUGGUGGCAGAAACAAUGCCACCAACACCAGACUCUAUACCAGUCCUCGGCAUGUUCUAUGGAGCAACAAUGUUGAUGGUGUCAGUGGCUCUUGUCAUGGCUGUCAUAGUAACCAACCUCAGUAUGCGUCAUGACACACAUCAGAAAGUACCAACUUUUCUUCGCAAAAUUCUCCUUGUUAUGAGUGGCCCUGGUAAGGGUAAACACAAGAGUCGUAAUCGACAGAAUCGCAGAGACAGAAUUACCAAAGCUCCAUCUAUCAGGCUAGAAAUGAGAGAUAUAAAAUUCAACGGGGAGGUUGAGACGAAACAUUUCAGUCCGGCUCAUUGUGUUGAUGACAUGAACAACUACCAUUUGGAGGAAAGUGAUUCAGAAAAAGAAGAAAUCACAGACUACAACUACAUGGCUUGCCAGAGUGCUUUCUGUUGCUUCCGAAGAACUUUAAGAAGACAUGACUCAGACUGGCAAGUUCUGGCAACAGUUGUUGACAACCUCCUGUUUUGGCUAUAUGUUGUUAUGAGCCUUUCUGUUUUUGUGCCAAUAUUCAUGACAUAUGCCGACAGGUGAUAUGCCACUUUAUAAGGAGAUUGGUGCUCCAUGGCUGCUAAUUUUUGUUGCCUGGUAUUUUUCAAUGCCGUGCUCAUUUUGGCACUUUUAGGAUCAUGUUCUGAUGUAACAAUCAUUGACUGACUAAAGAGAAGCAGUGCUGGAAAUGACUUUUCAUGCUCGAGCAAGAUUUGAAGGAGAUUGUCUAUGAUCAGAUUUUGGGCUUUGGAUGUUUCGCUCAAGUUGCAUAAUGAUGACUAAAUUGUUAAAUGAGAAAUAGAAAUGUCAAGAUGGAUAAAGCCACCUUCUAACGUGACUUAUAGGGAAGGACAUAAGUAUGAUAUAUUACGCAAUGAUCUGUUUUGUGAUCCUAGAAAAUGCCUAGUGGAAAUACCAUGAAUGUUAAAUCUUACAGAAUCAGGACACAGUGACCGCAAAAAACAGUGUAACCAUCAUAUGAGAUACUGAAUGUUCAUUGCUCACCUCUCCAGUACAUCUCUUGCAUAUUUUGAAUAUGUACAUAUUUUCAAAUUGACACCUAUGUAAGUAAAUCCUGGUCCUCUUGCACAGUAAAACCUGUAAAGUUGAAUGCCUCUGAAGUCCCAUUUCUCAUUAAUUUAAUAUACCGGUACAUUGAACCUCUGGAACAUUGUUUAGAGGUACCAAAGGACCGUGUUUCACUUUCACAAGUUUUACAUUAAACCAUACUGACUGUUUAAAUCAGACAGGUUUUACUGUAUAUUCCAUGACACAAUAAUCUAAAAAGCCAAAUCUAAAAAUAUAUUUUUAAAAAUCACUUCUUGUGACAUUAGAUUGACCUUAUCAAAUUCUUUGAAAGGACUUUGACAUUCAACUCCUAUG